CAGGCGCUUUCGAAAAAGCCGUUUGUUCGUCAAUCUGUAGCAACUGCGCCGCUUGUUUGAAAGCGAGGCCAAAAAAUCGCCACUUUGGUGUUCAUUACACGGAGAAACUAUAUGUGUGAUGUACACGUGUUCUGUGUUAAAUACGUGAAGACGGAUUCACGCUGUGAGGACAAUUUCAACACCACUGACCGUCUCCUGUGUUGUGGAUACGAUAUUGAGUGAAACUGGACUGGAUAAUAUUCAGACUGUCUGCACAUCCUGCCUUUGCCUACACCAGAGCGUUUGGUGCCUGUGCCUGUUGCAGGCUGUGCAUGUUUGUUCCUCACCAGUGAUUCCUUAUGCUUGAUAGAAGCUGCACCCAGUGUCUUACAGGAUGGAUGGUGUGGACUUAAAGAGACUUGUGUGUCAGCAUCAGCACUCUGCGUUCUGCUGUGGUGUUCACUCUUUUUUCAUUUAUAAGAGAACACCUCCCAUCUUACACCUCCAGUCCCUGCACCGCAUAUAUAAAGAUCGUCUUUAAGCAAUAAAAACAACAGCUGAAGAUAGACGUCGUAAGACUUUCUAUCUUUUUUUCUUUUUUCAGCGCAGAUAGAUACUACUUACUUAAGCCUACAUGGCAGACAUGGAAGUAUCCUUAUUUUAAUUUUUCAGUUAUUGUACCCCCUUACUCUUAGUGUGGGUGGUGGGAUGUCGGAAAAGCCAGACGACAAAAUGGUGAAGUUCCUGGCUCCCCCUCAGAAAAGUGGAAAUGGCCCUAGUUCUGGCUCCGAUUCGAUGGUGGGUGAGUGCCGGCCAGUGGAAGUGAGGCGCCGGCAUCACACCAUGGAGCGUGAUCGAUGUAACCCUGAACACCGGUUUUUACGUCGCAGUGUCAUCAGUGAUUCCAAUGCUACAGCAUUGGCCCUCCCUUUACCCAGCAAGAUCCCCAUCCCUGCACCUCAGCGGGUUCCGCAACGGGAAGCAGUCCGGCAAAAGGCUCCCGUUGCUCACCUGGCAAAGCCUGAGCCAAGUUUAGCUCAAAAUGAAGAGUCUGCUGAUCGUGGAAGAGAAAAGCAAGAAGGAAAAAAUAUAGAAAUAGCCAAGGUGGAUGUAGUGCCUUCAGAGCAGGUGCCUGCUAUUGUACAAGAUAUCUGUGAUGGAGAGGCGGUGGUGGCAGCCCACUCUGCACCAUGCUUAGGAACUGAAUUGCCAAGACAAACAGAACCUGAAAUUGUUGAGGGGAAGGUACAUCCUGAAGAAGAGGAGGCAGAGGAAGAUAAGGAUUCUGCCAAGGCACGAGCAGAGGCAGAGCAAAGAGAAGCUGAGAAAAAAGUGCAGGAUGACAACGAAGAGGCAGAGACCAAAGCAGUGGGAACAUCACCUGAUGGACGUUUCCUGAAAUUUGAUAUAGAAAUUGGACGGGGCUCCUUCAAGACUGUCUACAAGGGCUUGGACACUGAGACCACAGUGGAGGUGGCUUGGUGUGAGCUGCAGGAUCGUAAGCUGUCAAAGGCAGAGCGGCAACGCUUUAAGGAGGAAGCUGGGAUGUUAAAGGGACUCCAGCAUCCCAACAUUGUUCGCUUUUACGACUCCUGGGAGGGACCCUCCAAAGGCAGGAAGUGCAUUGUAUUGGUCACAGAACUCAUGACUUCUGGCACACUCAAAACAUAUCUGAAGCGUUUCAAGGUGAUGAAAAUUAAAGUGCUGAGGAGCUGGUGUAGACAAAUCCUCAAGGGACUCCACUUCCUUCAUACCCGGGCUCCUCCAAUCAUCCAUAGAGACCUUAAGUGUGACAACAUUUUCAUCACAGGCCCGACAGGAUCCGUCAAGAUUGGAGACCUGGGACUUGCUACACUGAAACGUGCAUCAUUUGCCAAGAGUGUUAUAGGUACCCCUGAGUUCAUGGCGCCUGAGAUGUAUGAGGAGAAGUACGACGAGUCAGUGGAUGUGUAUGCCUUUGGAAUGUGCAUGCUGGAGAUGGCCACCUCAGAGUACCCUUACUCAGAGUGCCAGAACGCUGCACAGAUCUACCGCAGAGUUACCAGCGGGGUGAAGCCAGGCAGCUUUGACAAGGUGGCCAUUCCUGAAGUGAAGGAGAUCAUCGAGGGAUGUAUUCGCCAAAACAAGGAUGAGAGGUACUCUAUCAAGGACCUUCUUAACCACGCCUUCUUCCAGGAGGAUACAGGCGUGCGUGUGGAGCUGGCAGAAGAGGACGAUGGAGAGAUGCAGGCUAUUAAGUUGUGGCUGAGGAUUGAAGAUAUAAAAAAGCUAAAGGGGAAGUACAAAGACAACGAAGCGAUUGAGUUUUCUUUUGACCUCAACAAGGAUGUCCCAGAGGAUGUGGCUCAGGAAAUGGUUGAGUCGGGUUAUGUGUGUGAAGGUGACCACAAGACCAUUGCAAAGGCCAUUAAGGACAGAGUGUCUCUCAUCAGUCGCAAAAGGGCACAGCGUCAGCAGGUCAGAGAAGAUCAAGAGAAGAGAAGGCUCGAGGAAGAACUGCAGAGUCAGUCAUUGCCAGCACAUCAGCCAGGCCAGCAGUCUGGCAUGGAGGUCCCUCAGUCACAACCAGUGCCACAGCCUGCUCCGUAUGUCCCUCCACAACCUAACCAGCACAGCACACAGAUGUCUGCCCAACCAGCGUCUCAGCAGAGCCUCCAGAGUUCUAACUACAACACUCCACAACCAACACAACUGACUGGCAUGACGCAGGGGGCCCCUUAUGUCCCCCAGUCAGUUGGGCAAGUCCCAGUCCCACUUCAGGGUCAGAGUGUAGCUGCAAUCCAGCCAGAGUCAGAGGAGCCUGAGGCUGAUCAGCACCAACUGUUACAGCACACUGGAGGAAUGGGAGAGAGACUAUCUGGUUCCACCAUCCUUCCUGAGGGCCAGCCUCCUCAGCCUGGAGUAUCGUACACCUCUCCUCCCAGUCAGCACCUCCAGCCCCAGGCAUCAUGCCCGCAGACACAAAAUGAUCAAACACAGCAGCAGUUGUCAGUGGUUCAGCCCCAGAUGCAGGGUGUCCAGCCUGAAGUCGUUCCUGUUGGACCCACCAGCCAGUCUGUUCCAGGGGCACCUCCACAGUAUGGAGUUUACUACCAACCAACGCUCCCCCCUCAGAUUCCCUCCCAGCAAGUGAUCGUGCCCCCAUCCUCUCAGUCGUCUCUCCCCCAGCAGCAGCCAGAGAGCAGCAGUAUUCUUCAGAGCUCUGCUCUACCACAAGCACAGCCUGGAACUCAGCAGCUACAGGCUCCUGGAAGUAUUCCUCAGUCAGCACCCGUGGAGCAGCCGGCAGGAUCUUCUGCACUAGUGCCGCCAUCUGCAGAUAGCUGCCUGUCAGAUGCAGCUUCAGGUCUUAGCGACGGUAAUGAUGGAAGUUCUACAUCAGGAGGUCGACAUGAGGGCCGUUCACUGAAGCGUCACCAGCGGCGAUCCGUACGCAGUCGCUCUCGCCACGAGAAGACUUCAAAGGCCAAGCUAAAUGUUCUGAAUAUCUCUAAUGUGGGCGACAGAGUAGCAGAGUGCCAGCUGGAAACACACAACAGGAAGAUGGUGACCUUCAGAUUUGACCUUGAUGGCGACAACCCAGAGGAGAUUGCACAGAUCAUGGUUCAAAGUGAGUUCAUCUUGGAGAGUGAGAGAGAGUCCUUCAUUGAGCAGGUCCGUGAAGUCAUAGAAAUGGCUGAUGAGAAAGGAGAGGGCAUGAAGGAAGGCUUUCCUCAGAUGAGUGAUCAACAACAGCCCGAGCUGUCUGUUCCUAUGCUGCCAGGUAUUUCUCCGAGCACUACAGCUCAGGUGGUGCAUUCAGCAGGACGACGGUUCAUAGUCAGCCCGGUGCCAGAGUCUCGUCUUAAAGAACAGUUCUUUGGAGGAUCCUCUGCUAAUACCUCCUUUGGAGAUGAACCUCCUCCAGCUCCUCAGAUGGCAUUGGGCCUUUCUCUCUCUGCUCCGUCUGGUACUCUCCAGCAAGCUUUCAGUAAAAUGAAGCAGACUCAUGUAGUGAGAGGCAACACCAUUGAUCUCCCUGCUACUGAGCAAGAACUAGGCAUCGUCCCGUCUACUGAGGCUGGCCCAAACUCUAACAGUAACCUGACUCCUCCAGAAGCUGCAGCUUCCGGCACCAGCUCUACUUUUCCUACCGGGUCUCUCACAUCUACUGCAACAUCUUCACCUCCUCACUCAGCUGGCAGGGUCUCCCCUCCACCUCCAUCUGUUCAGUCCAAGGCUGUCACCAGUGACCCCAGUUCACCUCCCCAGACCUCCCAUGAAGCAGCCCCCUCACAGCUUCCAGCGGCUGCUAGCAUCCCUCCAUCAUCUUCCACCAUUUCUCCUCCAUCAACGCAGACAUCCGUCCCUGUAGCUCCCGGGCCUCAGCUUAGCACUUCUUCCGUCUCCUCUGUUUCUGGUGGUACAUCUAGUAGUACUGCAGCUGUUCCUGCUUCAGAGCAGCAGCCCUUUAAUAGUGCUUCUCAGCCUAUGAGUUCAUCCAGCCAUGCGCCACAGCACGCAGCCUCCCAGUCCAUUUCUGCUCCGUCUGCACCUCCCUCCUCAUUAACCGGUCAGAGUCAGGUCCAGCCACAGCCGGUGGAGGCAGAAGGGGCUGAGCUCCAAACCAAGACGGCUGGCAGAGAUGACAUCCAAGCUCUAGAUAAAAAGCUACGAUCCCUUUUUAAAGACCAGAGCUCUGCCUCCUCAGCAUCGGCAGAUCCCAGUCAGAACACAGGGACCUCCUCUCCUCCCACUGGGACUUCUUCCCCUCCACCUGGAUCUGCCGUAGUGCCACCCUCCAACCUUCCCCUCACCUCUGGAGCACAAGGUGUCCUGGGCCCCACAACCACUCCAGGACAGGGAAUAACAUCGGCAGGACAUGCCCAGACCCCUCCAACUAAGCCCAGGGCACAGACCUUACCUACGGGUUUUGACCAAGCUGCUACACCCCCCUCUGACCUUGCGCCCCCAUUUCCUGGACCAAAUCAGUCACAACAACCCCUGGGUAAUUUGGACGCCCAGCUGAGGAGAGCUCUGAGUCCAGAGACUGUUCAGGGAGGCAACGCUGCCCAGCCUCCAGCAGCAGGUUUCACUCUGGGACGUUUCCAAGUGUCUGUUGCUGCUGAUGGUACGCCCAACAGUGUGCCAGAUCCCUCCAGCAUCGUUUCUUCUUCUUCUCUUACACCGUCCUCUACUUCCUCAUCGUCUUCUUCUUCUUCAUCAUCGUCCUCUUCACCCUCAAGUCCAGAAAAUACUCUCCACAGAUCAUCCACUCUGUCCAAAGGAGUCUGUGAACCUGAUUCUAUAAAUGGAGCCUCGCCUCAUGCCAGUCAGUCCACCACUGUUGGCCGCUUCCAAGUUUCCGCGAGCAACAACGGCACAUCUCAGCCAGCCGCUGGUUCUAAAGUGGGACGAUUUUCCGUCACAGUGACCCCGGCUCCAGCAGCCAGCCCCAGUCUGUCUCACUGCUCCAGUAUCCAGAAUGGACCCUCAUCCUCCACCUCUGACCCUCAGAACACCCACGCCCAUUAUAGCAGCGACAAUGACGACGACUCGGAGACGGAGGAUGAAGCCUUGCAAAAAGAAAUUAGUCGUCUGAGGGAAAAACACAUGAUGGAGAUUCAGGCCUUGCAAACUCGUCAGAAGGAGGAGAUUGAGGCCCUAUUCACGCGGAUGGGAAAACAUCCUCCCCCUUCUGUCAUGUCCCCGGCUGUUGCCAUGGCUGGAGGUCGACGCCGGCUCAAAAGCAAAGGCCACAAAUCUGCUCGUAAUAGUGGACAGCCCAGCCCCGUGCACUCUGCCUCCCCUCAGAGUCACGGUUCAGAGUCCUCUCCGAAACAAAGUUCACACUCAGCGGCAGAGGCCUCUGAACCUGCAGCAGAGGCGUUACUAGCAGCUGGCAGUUCAUCCAUACCACAGCUCACAUCCUCUCCAUCCAUGCCCAGCCUCAGUAACUGUUCCACAGGAUCAAGUGGGACCAGCUCCACAAAUGGUUCAGGCCACUGCCAGAGCCACUCUACUUCCCUUUCCCAGGCCUCUGCCCUCACUGCCCCCGCCUCUCACACCCAGAAGGGCAAGGGGACCUUCACUGAUGACCUGCACAAGCUGGUGGAUAACUGGGCCAGAGAUGCCAUCAGCCUCUCCCAGUGCAAGAGAGGUCCAAAAACUGGAGCACAGGCAGCCCUAGGACAUGAUAUUAUCCCUCCAGCCAACAUGGGACGUAAAUUUUCCGCUCCAGGCUACCUCUGCCCGACUCUUCCCACGCCCUCCAACUCCACGUCCACCACCGGCGCUCACCUCCCCAACCCAGUCAACCCCGCGGUCCCCCUGGGGCCUCGUAAAGGCUCUCUGGGCCCAGUCGCCCCGGGUUUCGGAUACGCCUCAGCUCCGUACAGUGCUGCCCAGUGGGCGGGACCCACGGGCACAUGCCAGGUCAACAUGCUUAAUCCUGCGCAGCCGCUGACUCAGUAUCAGCCGCCUACAACAGCCUCCGCCUCCCUGCACCAAGGCUACCACAUGGGAACCACGUCGGCCCCCCAGAAGUCCGUCAGCCCCGGAGGGUCCAACCUGAGGCCCACGUAGCCCAGUCCAAGCCCCGGUCCAGGCUGAGACGUAGGGCCACACGGGACGGAGAGGUCGCAGAUUGAGAACCACAGCCUCUCUCUGCAGCUUGCUGGUUGGCUGGCUCGGUAUCGUGCAUUUUAUUUCAACUUUUAAUCAUAUGUGUUGUUUCUGUAAUAGAAUUGACCUGCGUGGUUCAAGUCCUUUCAGGCAGAACAAAAUCUGUCUGGCAAUUGGAGGGAGAGUGCAAUACACAUCCACAGCACAAAAGUCUCACACUUAGCCUGCCAUUAGCUGUGGAAACGAGCUGUGACGAGUCGGUUGGUUGUGUCGACCUGAAGGCGCGACCGGCCGCAGCCAAAGAUGUCUUCUGAGCGCAGACGUUGCAAUACCGUCAUUCCUUUGAAGGGGAGAGUUAGGGAGGGACUGUGGUUCAAAUCCUUACUGGUCUGGACUUUAAGCCGAGCCGGGACUGAAGACAGCUGAAGUAAAACAUGACACAUGUCUGACUAAACAUUAACCAGCUUGAGUGACUUGGGAUGGUGGGUUAGUUCUGAGUGAGGGGAGAAUGUGAGAGUACAGAAAGUGACACAAGAAUGGGACAGUUAGUUUGUCCUGCAUGGAGAAGAGAAGCGACUGGUAGAGUUAGGAGAAGAAAGACUCUGUAAGUUAGACAGGAGAAUGAAUAGGGUUGCAGUAUGAAGGUAUCCCUGUGGCAAUAACGGUGAAGUAGAUAAACUGUCCCUUGUAACUGUGGCCUUAAUCCCCAAACACAUUGAAAACAUUGGCUCUGUACAUAGACGUUUCUUCACUGUGUUAUGAUUCUACAUUUAUCAUAUUUAUGUCUCUGUGAGAGUCUGGUGUCGUCGUGAUUUGAGUUGUCUAUCAUACAGAUUUAUUAUACUGAUUUAUUCUUCAUGUCUGACAUGGAAGCCAGUGGAUCUGCCACACAAAGAAGCUGGUGUUGACCACCAUUCAGAGUUUGGAGCUGAAGAGGUGAUGCUGCUGUAGAUCACUGUCUGAGUAGAGGGUGUUUGCAGGGUGUUAAGUUGUUUGUCUUUUUUUGUUUUGUAUUUUCCCAAACGGACACAUGAAACCACUUCACUUUGUGCUGAGCUGUGCGCUAUGGCCGGUUCACCGUCUGCUAGUCAUAUCAUACUGAAGGUUAAUCAGUUUCAUUUUUUCGGUUGGUAUUUGAGGUCUCUGAGGAGAAUGUCCCGCUUCUCCCAGCUGUUUACAGCGACGGGUUGUCAAUGAAGUCUCAUCACAUCAGAAUAUUUCUACCCAUAAGAUUUAGCUGUGACCUCUCAAAUCACAAGUGUCUGAGGUUCUCUCUUCCUGUGGUCUGUUUUUGUAUGCGUAUAUUUAAUAAAACAAACAACAAUGUUCUUUAUGGACCUGUAUUCAGCCAUCAGAUUUUGAUGUUGUUUCACUGUAAUUACUAUUAAAGGUUGUUAAACAACAUGUAGUUAAAGGAAUAUAAAAAGUGCAAUUGCAGGGUUGUUGUUGUUCUUGGUAUCUACCCACCCUGCAGGAAUAAUGCUGCAGUUUAUUAAGCUCUGCUCUAUGACUGCCCUGCCCUCCUUUUUCUAUUUUAUUGUAAAUAUGUUCCUGUGAGGUAAAUGCUUUCACAUAACGCUCAGUCACUAGAGUAUGCUUGUGGUGACUCACGUAAAAUGCACAUGCACUCUAAUCUGUACACACGAGGAACACUUUAGUGCCUUGCAUCUUCACUAAUGACAAGUUCCAGAUCCAUCUAGUCCUGUAGCUGUAGCUGUACUGCAGAAAACCAGUUAACCAAACCAGUACACCACCACCAGUUCAGAGCAUGCGACGCUGAAACAGACUGCAGAACAAAGAGCACACCGAGUGGAAGCCGUUUCUUUUCUCUCUACAGCUACGUUGGUUGUGUAUUUCUGUUUGGCUCAUGUGAACAUGUGUUUGGCUGACGUUUGUUUUUGUGGAUUUAUCAUUAAACUAGUUCAUAGAAACACUUGUUCAGGCUGUACAAAGGUUUCAAAGCUGUCAUGCUGACUCCACUUCUCACCACCUCACACGAGUGCCAUGCUGUCGUCGUGACUCUUUCGCCUGCUCGUAGAUUGAAUGAAUAGUUUAACUUCUCUAGAGAAAAAAUAAGUUACUGCAAUGCAGAAUAUGCAAUGUUUAAAGUUUUAUAGGGACUGAGGGGUAUCGGAAACAUUUGCAUGCUGAUGAGGGUUGUUGCUGACUUAAAUGUUUUUGAUAUUGGAAUAUUAAGAGAUUGUUUUGGGUUUUUUUUAUUCUUAUUCUUUGCCUUCCUGCAAGUAUCACAAGUGUUGAUUUAUUCUGUUGCCAUUCAUCGAUAUCACAGGCACAACUUCAGUAUCAGACUAUCAGCAUAUGGGUUCUGCAUGCCGGCUUCACUGGUGUUUAACCUGACAAACGACAAACUCACAACUGGCCACUGUACAGCACAAGCUCACCGCCAAGUUCAACAUCCAUGUGCUACUAAGCUAUUCUCAGUUAUCAUCACAGACCUCUACACUACUGUUUGAGGCUACUGACGCAGCUGUACUCUGAUUUCUGAUCCCUCCUGACUGACUUUCUGUGAUUCAGUGUCUGUUUUUUCUGUGUAUGUUUUUCACAUUGUACAAAUUGUAAAAACAAAUAAAAAUAAUAUCAAUUAAAA